CACCGGGAGGCGGCGGCAGCGGCCGCGGGCGCUUUGUGCGGGCUCGGGACUCCCGGCACGGCCCCCCCAGGACCGGGACCCCUCCCCGGGAACCCCCCCGCCCGGUUCAGCCCCGCUCCUACCGGGGGAGGGACCCCCGGGCCCGCCCCGCCUCCUCCUGCCCCCGCCCCGAUUCCCACGCCCCCUCCCCAAAACCCCCGCGCUCGGCUCGGGGGGAGUUUGGUGAGGGGGGGGGCACCGGGGCUGAGCCCCCUCCCCGCGCGGGACCCCCGGGGGCUCGGGGCGAUGCCGGCGGUGAUGGAGAAGCCCUCGGGGAUCCUGUCCCGCAGCCGCGCCAAGGCGGGGGGGGGCGCGCCGGGACCCCCCCAGUCCGAGGACGAGGCCAGCGAGGACGAGCACGGCCACGACAGCAUGAUCCGCGUGGGGGCCGAUUACCAGGCGGUGAUUCCCGACUGCAAACCAGAGAGCCCCGCUCGCUACAGCAACAAGGAGCUCAAGGGGAUGCUGGUGUGGGCCCCCAACCACUGCGUGUCCGACGCCAAACUGGACAGGUACAUCGCCAUGGCCAAGGACAAGCACGGCUACAACAUCGAGCAGGCCCUGGGCAUGCUGCUGUGGCACAAACACGACGUGGAGAAGUCCCUGGCUGACCUGGCCAACUUCACCCCGUUCCCGGACGAGUGGACGGUGGAGGACAAGGUGCUGUUCGAGCAGGCCUUCAGCUGCCACGGCAAGAGCUUCGCCCGCAUCCAGCAGAUGCUCCCGGACAAGCUGAUCCCCAGCCUGGUCAAGUACUAUUACUCCUGGAAGAAGACGCGCUCCCGCACCAGCGUCAUGGACCGGCAGGCCCGGCGCCUGCUGGGCCGCCGCGACCGCGACGACAGCAACGACGAGACCGACGAGCACCGACCCAGCCCCGAGGGGGACCUGGAGCCUGCGGACCCCAAAAAAGAGCCGUGCUUGGCCAAGGCGGGGCCGCGCAAGGAGCCGCAGUACCGGCACCACCCCCCGGCGCGGCUGCGGCGCCGCCCCCCCCGCGGGAUGCGCCUGAGCCGCGAGGACGUGGCCGAGGUGACGGCAAACCCCGACCUGGGCGCGCGGGCCCUGCGGCAGCUCGACUGCCAGCUGGUGGCGCUCAAACGGCAGGUGCAGCGCAUCAAGCAGAUCAACAGCGGCCUCAGGCAGGCGCUGGACGGGGGCCUGGAGGGGCUGCGGCCGCCUGAGGGUAACAGCAAAUUCAGCUCCCGCUGGACAACGGACGAGCAGCUGCUGGUGGUGCAGGCCCUGCGCCGCUACGGCCGCGAUUUCCCGGCGGUGGCGGCCGUGCUGGGCAACAAAACGGCGGCGCAGGUUCGGAGCUUCGUGCUGGGCCCCCGGCGCCGCCCGGGGCUGGAGCGGCUCCUGCAGGAGCGCCAGGGCCGGGGGGAGCCCCCCGGGGAGCGCCCCGAGCCCGACGGGGAGGAGGAGGAGGUGCAGAUCACAGGUGUGUCCCAUCCGGCCCCGCCCCUGCCGCCCUCCUCGGCCCCGCCCCCCGGCGCGGCCCCGCCCCCCUCGCGCCCACCGGCCCCGCCCCCCGCUGCUCCGACUCCUCAGAAGGGCCUUGGGCCACCCCUCCUGUCCCCAGAGGUCCCUGUCCCCAGAUGA